AUGGGUGUUUCCGGCUCAACAAACAGUGACUUGUUCCACGAUUGGGCCAAACUGCCCAUUUCUCGGGAGCAAUGGGCUUAUGAAUCAGCCCAACAAAUGCGAUUGAAUUUCUCAAAUUGCAUGCCAAUGCCUGGUGCAGAACAGCUCGUGCAUAACCUUAGCCGUGCGCAUAGCGUCGCAUCCGGUCAAAAGAUAGAGCUCGCACUAGCAACUGGUGCGAAGAGCCAAAGCUACGAAGUGAAGACCUCAAGGCCAGAAACAAAGCGAUUAAUCGACUUCUUUCUGCCUGAACGGCGAAUCUUGGGAGAUGAUCCCCGGAUACCAAAAGGCUGCGGGAAGCCGGCACCUGAUAUAUACUUGGUUGCACUACAGGUGCUGAACUCGGCAGUUAGGCCCGACGAAAAGGCCAUCUUACCUAGCGAGUGUCUGGUCUUUGAGGAUAGUUUGGCUGGAUUUGAGGCAGCAAGACGAGCUGGAAUGAAGGUUGUUUGGGUUCCACACCCAGAUCUACUAGCCGAGUAUCAAGAACGGCAAACAGAAGCCCUUGCCAAUAAGACUGGAGUUCUACAGACAGGACACGAAUGGCGGUUCGAACGGAUGGACAAUGACUGGGAAGAAAAAAUUUUGACCUUGGAAAAUUUUGAUUAUGAAGGAUAUGGCAUUGACGUGUCAGUUUGA